AUGCGUGGGAGUUCGGAGCCCGAGUGCGACGUGCUGAAAGGAGCCCGGUCGUUGGACGAGGAGACACUGAACCCCGGUCGGGUGUUGCGGCUGGACGAGGACAGAGCGAUCCUGGAAGCCCUGAAGAAGGACAACAAGAUGGGCAAGGUGCAACGGAGUCCCUUGUCACGGCAACAAGGAGAAUCAGUGGUUUCCUUCAUUUCACGACAUCGCAGAUGGUGGCGCCUGGUGAAAGAGCUUGAUAAGCAGGCAAAGCACCUGCAGAGUCGGUUGAAAGCCUGGAGGAGAGAUGCCUACUUCACACCGUUGUGCAGCUGCCAUGAUGAGCAGAUGGGUGAGUUGAACAGACGAGCUUGGCUUCUCCACGAGGGAGUCCCUGCGCUGGUGGCAGAGAACAAGGUGACGUCAGCAGAUAAAGCGGAAGCGGUCGUGGACAGAAUUGUGAAACGGAAGACAUCUUGGAGCCUUUGGAGUUUGAGCUGUACCCACAUGGAUGACCCCCGCUUUGCCUAUAUGGACAAGGGGAAGGAUGCAGCCGAUGCAAUCCUCAACCGCUUCUCGAAAGGGUCAUUGCGCUAUUGCGGUCAUCGUUUUUCCCAAGAUGAUGAUAUCACAAUUCAUGCGGACGUGCGAGACAAUAUUCGGAACCCGGCUGCAAGUCAUGGACGAGACCGGAAGAUGAAUGAACCCCUGCCCCAGGACGAACUGACUUCACUUCGAAGUGUCGUUGGAGGAGACAAGUUGCGUGCUUUGCUUUGUGGAUUGACUGGCAAUUUCGAAUCGGUCAAGGACCCAGGCUGCAAGGUGCAGGACAAAUCCUUGGGAAUAGAACUUUCCGCGCUGAAGCAGGCUCUGUGGAUCAAUGGUCUCAGAGAAGCCUGGUUGUGGAUGAACCUUGUGUUACGCACCUUUUGGCUUAAGCCUUUGCGACGAGUCAAAAGGUGCCUGUCGUGCUACGUGGGGGUUUCAUGUCUGUCAAAGGUCACCAUUCUGACAAAUGAUGCAGAACGUGGUCCAGAAAUACCGCUUGUAGAGGAGGCAAAGCUCCAGCUGGAGCAAUACACCCAAAAGUUGGAGCAAUGCAGUUCCAGGAUUGAGCGGAUGGCAGCAGUGGAUGCUGUGCGGCUAGCAUCAGCCAGGUUACAGGCUGCCAUGCUCCUUGCCAAGGCAAAGUGA